GUAGCAUUCAGUACGAAUUCGAGAUCCGUUAAGUCGGUUAGUUAAGUGAAAAUACCAAAAAUGAAGUUCGCUGUUGCCCUGUGCCUGCUUAUGGCCACCAGUGGUUUCGCCAUGGUUCCCAAGCAUCCCGCUGACCUGGUCUCCAUGCUGGCCCGCCAGCAGUUCGCAGUUCGCACUUUGAUGGCCGCUCCCGAGGCGCGUGAUGAAUCGACCCUGAUCAAUGAUUGCUUCAACCACUACCUGGAGGACCAGACCAACGUGAUCAUGGGCUACAACCUGCAGUAUACCGGAUGUCUGAGGAGCGCCCAAAGCGGCCGGGACGAGCUCACCAAGGAGAGCGCCUCGGAGCGCCAAGCCCUUCUGGAACGCACCAACAGCAUGUGCUACAGCCUGACCCAGUGCGAUACCCUUGUGGAUGGCCUGGAGUUCUUCGAUUGCUACCGCAAUGCCUCCUCCGACAGCUACAAGGUUAUGUUCACCCUGAACAGUGACUCCAGCCUGGACUUCAACCGCAUCAGUGCCAAGUACCAAGUGAUCGAGACCGAUCUUACCGCCUGUGUGGAUGAGGCUCGCUUGGAUUACGCCCACGAUAUGGACUCGUGCGACGAGAAUCUGACGAUCUGCUUGAAAGGAGGUGAGACUGAACCGACCACCACUACUCCUGCGGCUCCAGAGACCACCACUACUACUGAGGCUCCAGUGACCACCACUUCUCCUGCGGCUCCAGAGCCCACCACUACUUCUGCGGCUCCAGAGACCACCACUACUACUGAGGCUCCAGUGACCACCACUACUACUGAGGCUCCAGUGACCACCACUUCUCCUGCGGCUCCAGAGCCCACCACUACUUCUGCGGCUCCAGAGACAACCACUUCUACUGAGGCUCCAGAGACCACCACUACUACUGAGGCUCCAGUGACCACCACUUCUCCUGCGGCUCCAGAGCCCACCACUACUCCUGCGGCUCCAGAGACCACUCCUGCGGCUCCAGAGACCACCACUACUACUGAGGCUCCAGUGACCACCACUACUACUGAGGCUCCAGUGACCACCACUUCUCCUGCGGCUCCAGAGCCCACCACUACUCCUGCGGCUCCAGAGACCACUCCUGCGGCUCCAGAGACCACCACUACUACUGAGGCUCCAGUGACCACCACUACUACUGAGGCUCCAGUGACCACCACUUCUCCUGCGGCUCCAGAGCCCACCACUACUCCUGCGGCUCCAGAGACCACUACUCCUGAACCUACUACGACUAGCGAGCGCCCACCUGAGGAAGAUAUCAACAGAUUGCAGCGUUUCGGUCAGAGGAGGUCUUGGAACCUGUUCAAGCGCUUCUUCUAAUCGUGAGGAACUUUUAAUUAUUUAUUGCAUAAACUGAAAAAAUUCAAGAACCGCGAAAGUCGUAAUAAAAUUGGCUGCGUAUAUAGCGUA